ACACUGCGCUGACUGAGGCUUUUAUUUGUGCCCGUCAUUCUCCGGUAGCGACAAACAACUUAUCGUUUUGCCUUAACUCAGUCUCCUGACCGAAUAAAUUACCAUGUUGAACAACUACAACUACCUGGCACAGCCCCUGUGGCAGAAUGGACCAGCUCCCGGCGAGUUCUACAACUUCACGGGCGGGCAGGCGCCUAUCCAGCAGCUGCCCCGUGAACUGACUACAGCGGGUCCCUAUGGAACCAAGCACAGCACAGCUGCCAUCACCACGGGCUCCUCCGUAUUGGGCAUUCGCUACGACGGAGGCGUGAUGCUCGCCGCCGAUACCCUGGUCUCCUACGGAUCUCUGGCGCGCUACCAGAACAUCGAGCGCGUCUUCAAGAUCAACAAGAACAUCCUGCUCGGAGGCAGCGGGGACUUCGCCGACAUCCAGUCCAUCAAGCGCAGCAUCGACCAGAAGAUGAUCGAGGACCAGUGCUGCGACGACAACAUCGAGAUGAAACCUAAGUCGCUGGCCAGCUGGAUGACCCGAGUACUCUACAACCGUCGCUCACGCAUGAAUCCCCUCUACAUCGACGUGGUCGUGGGUGGCGUGGAUACCGAGGGAACUCCCUACCUGGCCAACGUGGAUCUGCGCGGACGUUCGCACGAGGACUAUGUGGUGGCCACUGGCUUUGCCCGUCAUCUGGCCAUUCCACUGGUGCGUGAGAAGAAGCCCAAGGACAGGGACUUCACCGCCGUGGAGGCUUCCGAAUUGAUCCGUACGUGCAUGGAGGUGUUGUUCUACCGCGAUACCCGUAACAUUUCCCAGUACACGGUGGGCGUGUGCAGCGCCAACGGAUGCGGUAUUGAGGGUCCUUUUCAGGUCAAUGAAAACUGGACGUUCGCCGAAACCAUCAAGGGAUACUAGUUUGCGAUCCUAAAUGAAAGUAGUUUAGGUUUAGCUCGGCGGUUUUGUAUGCAUUAAAAUCAGUUCUUCAAGGAUAUGUGUCUACAUGAUUUAUUAAAAAUAAAUGUGGCUAAA